AUAGAGAAUAUAUUAUGGUAGCUCCUGGAGUAAACACUGUAGCGGUGCUUCUAAAUAUAGGAUUUAUUUUUAGGUUGGAGCUAGCCAUAGUUUGAAUCAAGAAUUUGAUCUAAAACUGCAUUUCUAGACGGUUUUGUAAUAGUGAUAAAAAUGGCAAAUGACUUAAUAAUAAGAGGCAAGGAUAGAUUGCAAGAAAUUAGCAUGAAAUUAGAGCAAAGCCAUUUGGUUUAUCUACAAACAGACGACAGUCCUUUAAAAUUACAACAGCGUCAUAAACUUGAAGGUUUUAUUAAAGAGAAUCUUUGUCUUGUUCCAAAUGAAAAUAAAUAUGUAUUUCAAGAAACCGCAGAUAUAUUACACAGAUCAGCAGCCACAUUGCAAGAUUUUAGUGGAUAUAGAGCCGCAACUGCCUGGAGUGCUAUUUCUUUAUAUGCUGCCAAUCUUUUGGCUCAACCUUGGAGAAGAGAAUAUAGAACAUUAAAGACUUAUAGUGGAUAUUAUAAGCAUGAAGUAGAAGCAAAUUUAAUAGGAGCAGAAUUAAUGUUUGAACAAAUGGGAUACAAACAUACAGGGUUAGGAGUGCUUACUUUGGAGGGUCCUAUUGACCCUGAUAAAGUAUCUUGUGUAAGCAGAGAUGCAAUAGUUGCUUUUGUUGAAUGUCAGAUCUUGAAGCAAAUAUGGGAGAGUGUUUCACAGAAUUAUAGUAUCUCAUGGUUAGAAGUAUUAGAAUUUCGGGAAAAUCACGUUGGUACACCAGAACAAGCAAUCAGAGCAUUGAACUAUCGUUUUCUUGAGAAAAUGCAUCAAACUCGAACAAAAGCGGAAAAUUAUAGGGAUUAUCAUUAUCCGCAAACCACAUGUGUGGAUGCGGUAUCACCGUCGAUUCCUUAUCACAUUAUGCCUCCCAGUUAUAAUACAUCAAUGCCUGCUUGUCAUUCAGAAUACAGGUAUAUCGAAGAUACGAAUUCGAUACCUGGAACUUACAAAUAUUUUCAACCAGUAGAUCACAAUUUUGGAAAUCGAUGUAGUGCCUAUGGAUGUUUACCACAUGGUAAUAAAUAUAUGAGUGGAGUCAAUCCGUAUUAUACUACAAUGCCAGGAUAUACAAGAGUACCAACGGGUAGACUAAUUGAGGUUGAUAUGCCGGUUUCGGUUGCAAAUUAUGAUAAAUUACAUAAUCGAAAGAUAUCUCAUAGAAUAUCAGAUUUGGAGGAAGUAGAUUUUUAUAGAAGACAAUCUAGCGAUGGAAAUCAUUACGAUUACGGAAAAAUCGAUAGAAAAUCUGCAAGAUCGGUCGGUGAAAGGAACAAUUAUGAUUCUUGGGACUUUGUGUAUAGAAAUUUAGAAAGUUUAGGCUAUUCUAAAGAUCUUGGUAAUCGAGAAGAUAUUUUACACAAACGGGAAUGCGAGUCCCGAUUGAGUAAACAAAAAUCUUUUAAACAAAAUGAUAACGAUGAGAAACAUAGUAUACAUCGGUCUGAAAAAAGGAGGAGUGGAAGAACCGAUGUGAAUGACAUCGAUUCGUCUAUGACAAAUGGCCGACAUCAUCAUCACGAUACAUUACCCUUCAAAAAGAAGUCUUCUUCCUUCGAUUUAAUGGACUCGAAUAGAUAUCACGAUGCAUCUUCAGAAAGUCAAUCAUCUCCUCAUAGUAAUGAAAAAAGACAUGGUAGUCAGACGCUUCCAAUUCAACGUUCACAUCGAUCGGCGGAUCAAAUUGUAAAAAUCGCGGAUACAUUGAAGAACUUAGAACUUUCUCACUCGGAAAAAAGAAAUGAAACAGAAGAUAAAGCUGUAAAUUGGAAUUGUGCUACUUGCACCUAUCUUAAUUCUUCAUCGAAAGAAAUUUGUGAGAUGUGUGGAAAGUCUAGGCACAAAGGAAACGAGGAUAAACCAUUAGCAAGUGGUGGAAAAGAAUGUCCACGAUGUACAUUAGUAAACGAGAAAAAUGUCUCGGUCUGUGAUGCUUGUGGUAUCAGUUUAAAAGAUUCACCUACUUAUAUUUAGAUAUUUAACUGUUCGAAACAAGUAUCAUAUUCCAUUGUUUUCCACGUGUCUGAAAUUUUAAAAAAGGAAGUGGUAAGUAUACAUUUCCAGGAUGCUCGAUAUUGUCCUAAGAAGAAUAUUUGAAAUGUUUGAAAAAGAUGUUAGUACUUAUAAUGCUGAAAAUAGCUGAUAUAAGUAGUAACAAUUUUUCUUGAUUGCUUUAUUUAGAGAACAAAUUUUAAAGGGUAUUAUUAUAUUAAUGAAAUUUAGAAUUUCAUAAAGCAUAUAACAUGGGAGGGGAGAAAUAUGAAAUUAUUUAUUUAAACUUGUUUGAAUAGAUUUGUGAUAUGGGUACAUUAGUAUUACGAUAGUACAUACACUGGUGGCCUAUCAUUAAUUUGUGUGUGGAUAUUAUUUGCUGCAUAAAAUUAUUUCUUUUAUUUGUUUUAUUUUAAUAUAGGACUUUAUUUUGUAAAAUUUUAUCUAUUCGAUUAAAUCACUUUUAUUAAAAAUCUAUUUAAGUAUACAUUUGACUUGAUUUUUGAUAUUAAAAAUUAACCUAGUAAAAAAUUAUUUUCAAUUUGUGUAGUAAAAACUAUUAAAAUGAAGUAAAAACUAUUUAUUCUAUAGCGUAUAAAUACAUAUAUUAUAUCCAUAGUGAAAACUUGUAUUUUAACAAAAAAAUUAUCUGUUGAAUAUAUUGGACUGUUAUUUAGAAAAGAAAUAUUAACGUGUAUUGUACAAUACAUAUGUACACACACAGAUAUAUACGGCAUCAAAUUAUAUUUUAUAUAUAAUGUAUUGUUUUUCUUUAUUAACUUUUAUUUACAUUGAUAUCACAAAAUUAAGAAUAUUAUUAAACGUAAUUGCAAAAGUUAUUUUUUGAUUGUGAAGCAAUUAGAGAUAUUGCAUGUUGUUGUAUUAUCUGAAUUGAGAAAAGGAGAAAUAUUAAUAACAUCAUCCAUUUUAUAAUGGUAAUGUUAUUUAUUGUUUACAUCACCUUUUGUUUUAACUGGACAAUAUUGUUGUCAAAUUACAAUAUUUGUGUACCUUUAGAAAACAAAUGUAAAUUAAAUGAUAAUUGAUAGAUCGCACAGUAUACAGAUUAAUAAGUAUGUAAUUUGAAUCUAUAUAUCUUGUUGAUACGUUUUGAUUACUGAAAUUUAAAAAUCGUAUUGUGCAAUUGUUAAUUUUAUACUGAAAUCUAUUUUUCGUAGUUUGAUAUUUAUUUAUACAUUCCCAAUGCUGCAAUGCUAUUCAUAAAAUAUGUAAUAUUAAAUAUACAUUUUUUUUAAAUUUUAUUUGUACCUUAUUUGAAACAAUAUAAAUUUAGUUUAAGCCACACAUAUUAUAGUCUUUACAUAUCAAUCUAUUUAUGAUAAUUUGAGUGCUCUUUCAUUGCAUAUAAUAUGUUGUUAUAGCUUUAUUUAACUUUGGAUUAGUUUGUAAGUACAAAGUUUUGUUUUCAAUAUCUUUAAUUUGUUGAAGUUGUUACAAAAGAUAAAUUACAUAUUCUAAAGUCUUUUUAGCAUAGUAAUUAUUGCAAGAUGAUAUAGAUGUUUUAAAACUUUUAAUCAUUUAAUUUGUAAUUUUCUCAUUUUUAAUUAUAAACGCUUUGCCAGGAUUUAUAAAAGAGAAAUUCCUUGCUAUUAUCUUCAAAAUAUUUUUUACUAUGAAUUCCAAAAUUUGUAACGGAACAAUAAACUUUAUAACGUCACGUUUCGAUAAAAAAUGUUCUCUUUGUACUUCAAAUAUAUAAACUGUUUAAAUGUAAAAAUAACUUUACUGAAAUCUACUUUUAACGUUUACGAAAGUCUGAUAUUUUAACGGAAAUAAGAGAAAACGGCUAAUAUUUUUUCAUUGAAUGCACGUAAAAGGAAUAAGUGAAUAAUAAAAUAAACAGUUAAUGUAAAAAGGAUAUAUGUAUGUCUUGUAAUAGUUAUUGUAAUAUAUUCUAUUAUGUACAGAUAAUAAAUAAUAUUUAAUAUAGA